AUGGAACCGCAACACCGGCAUCCAACCGAGGAUGGAGGAAGUAACAAAGCAGCCGGGAGUAAUGCUAACAUGCUUCGCAGGAAGAGCAGUACUAGGUGGAUUCCCACUACAGAUCAUAUAAGAAUCCUCAAGGAGCUUUUCUACAACAAGGGAGUUAAGUCCCCAACUAUAGAGCAGAUUCAGAGGAUCUGUCUCCAGCUGAAAUGGUACGGCAAGAUCAAGUUCAAGAACGUCUAUUAUUGGUUCGUGAACCAAAGGGCUCUGGAGAAGCAGAAGAAGAGGUCCACUUCGGAUGUUCAUGUGCCCAUGCAAAGAUCAGGGCUUGUUGGUGAUGACAAUGUUACCAAUUGGAAACAUGAGGAUCAGUAUAUUAACUUUGGAUCUUCUGCACCUGCUUCUGCUUCUUCCGCUGGUGUGAUGAUUGCUUUUAACGGGCAGAUGGGGAACUAUGGCGGUUAUGGAUCUAUGAACAUGGAGAAGAGUGCUAGGGAUUGUUCAAUCUCAGCUGGAGGGGGAACUAGUUCUACUUUCUUUGAACAAACUUUCAUGGAACAAAGAGGAGAAGAUCACCAGGAGAUUGAAACCCUUUCACUGUUUCCCGUGCAUGGUGAGGACAUCUUUGGCAACAUGAAGACUACUUCCGAU